AACUGCACAUUCAGUCAGAUGUUGAGGUUGCAAUUUAAUAAGACAGGUACAGAGACGAGGGUCAGGACGCAAAGAAUGCAGACUAUUUAUAAUCUUGAAACAGCUCAAAAUCUUAACUGACAGAUUUUUAACAAGCGCUUCAAUCGGCAUGCCUUCAGACCAAAUUGAACACAAAUAUAGUCUAUAUUAAUGCCAACACGAGACUCUCCGUUGCCCUGUGUAUGAGCUUCGCAUCCUCGCAUUUCCAUUACGCACAGGAGGUCGCUCAAAUGCCUUUUCAACGAGCCCUCCUGGAGCAGCGCGCCGGAAGAGCCUUGGUGACUCAUGAGGACCACACGGAGGAAGUCGGUGAAACUAGAGCUCCUGGCAUCUUUAUUACCUUAGAAAUGAACGUCGUAAAUUUCCCCGCAUGCGUAAAAUAUAUUACUAUUCUAAUGGUCAUGUCAUGGUUCGCGUCUUCCUCCUACUACUCCACAGGCGGAGGAGGAGUGUGGUUCAGUCCCUCAAAAAGUUCAAGACUCCCUUCAGUACAGUCCUUUUGAAUUUUUGGUCUGUAAAUAUUUUUUUUUCAGCUGAACAUUGGAGUAUUCCCACCAUGGCCACUGCACCCUGAGGGGAAAUGGAUUUAGAGGUGAAGGAUGUGAACGGGUCGAACUGUUUGUCCCGGAAUGAGAGCGACCGCGGACUGAGCGCUUCCUCCGCUGGAGUGUCCACUGCGCUGGCCAGCGUGCUGAUCUUCACCAUCGUGAUAGACAUCCUGGGCAAUGUCCUUGUCAUCCUGUCCGUGUACAGGAACAAAAAGCUCAGGAAUGCAGGCAACAUCUUCGUGGUGAGUUUGUCCGUAGCAGACCUGGUGGUGGCACUAUACCCCUACCCUCUGGUCCUGACAGCCAUCUUCCACAAUGACUGGACCAUGGGUGACCUGCACUGCCAGGUCAGCGGCUUCAUCAUGGGCCUAAGCGUCAUCGGCUCCAUCUUCAACAUCACAGCCAUUGCCAUCAACCGCUACUGCUACAUCUGCCACAGCCUCCACUAUGACCGUCUGUACAGUCUGAGGAACACCUGCUGCUAUGUGGGCCUCACCUGGUUACUUACCGCCAUCGCCACAGUGCCCAACUUCUUUGUGGGCUCGCUGCAGUACGAUCCCCGCAUCUACUCCUGCACCUUCGCCCAGACGGUCAGCUCAUACUACACUAUCUCAGUGGUGAUUAUACACUUUCUGAUCCCGCUGCUGGUGGUGUCCUACUGCUACAUGAGGAUAUGGGUGCUGGUGAUUCAAGUAAAACAUCGGGUUAAACCAGAGCAAAGGACCAAACUGAAACCUAGUGAUGUGAGGAACUUCCUGACUAUGUUUAUGGUGUUUGUGUUGUUUGCAGUAUGCUGGGCUCCACUUAACCUCAUAGGCCUGGCUGUAGCUAUAAACCCUAUGAUGGUUGCUCCCAACAUACCUGAAUGGCUCUUUGUCACAAGUUACUUUAUGGCGUACUUCAACAGCUGCCUCAAUGCCAUCAUAUACGGACUAUUAAACCAAAACUUCCGCAAAGAAUACAAGACAAUCCUUCUCACUCUUUGCAUCCCACGAUUGCUCCUCAUGGAAACCUCCAGGUGUGCCACAGAGGGACUGAAGAGUAAGCCUUCACCAGCUGUAACAAAUAAUAAUGUAGCAGAGAUAAAUGUAUAAACUAAUGUUUUACUGGUUUCUCUAGUUUCUCUGCCUCAUUGUGGAUGUGUGACACGAUUCACCCAGUGCCUUUUCACAACACACAUUUACCAGUUGUAAAGAUGUGAUCAUGUUUGGAGAGGACACUGCUGAUACUGUUCCCUCAUGUUGAGAAGACAGACCAACAUACUGGUUAAGAAGCAAGAAAAAAUUAAAAACAAGUCAGUACACCGAAAAACAUUUGGACCAUGGAGGGUAGUCAGCAUUGAGAAUUACUUUCCUAAAAUCUUUAAUACAGUGAGUCAUACAUACUGUAUAGCCUAUUAUUUGGAUGGGAGACUUCACUUUUCAAGCCACAUCCCAGCAUGUGUACAUCAUGUGCACGAGCAUGACUCACUGCCUAUUUGCACAGAUCAAUUAUGAGUAUGUCAACAACAUGAAGUGAAGAUAAAAUAAAUGUAUUUUCUAUUCCCA